AUGAAGCGUGCAUCAGAUGAUGGCGAGGAGUUUUGUUCUAAAGCACAGGAUUAUGUCAGAAAUGAUUUCUACGUGGAUGACGGUCCAACAUCACGGGCAACUGUGGAAGAGACAAUCAAGCUCGUUGAUUCUGCUGUGAAGUUGUGUGAUAAGGCAGGAUUGUUACUUCACAAAUGGGUAUCCAAUAACAGGGAAGUCAUCUCAUCAAUUCCCGCAGAACUCAGGGCAAAGGAAGUUCAACAGUUGAAACCAGGGGACAAACUACCCACAGUACGAGUGUUAGGAGUACUUCGGUGUGCAGAAACCGACUCCUUUUACUUCAAGAUGGAUUUGGAUGAGCAAAGUGUUAGCAGAAGAGGGAUCCUAUCAACUGUGUGUUCAGUGUAUGACCCUUUAGGUUUCUUGGCACCGGUAAUGUUAACUGGAAAAGCAAUUUUACAAGGGCUCUGCAAAGAAGGAAUCGGAUGGGAUGACCCGGUUCCAGAUGAUCUCAAGGUUAAAUGGACUAAAUGGAGGAACGACCUCAACAAACUUGAAGUACUGCGGAUAAAUAGAUGUAUCAAGCCUGAUAAUACGAAUGUAGCUUCCCUAGAACUUCAUCAUUUCUCGGAUGCGUCGGAAGCCGGAUAUGGCCAGUGUUCCUAUUUACGAGUAUUAUACCGAGAUGGUGGAGUGAAUGUUUCAUUUGUGACCGGCAAAGCUAGAGUCAUGCCACUAAAUAGACGAAUUACCAUACGUUUAGAACUAACCGCAGCCGUGGUUUCCGCAAGAGUGAGUGCCUAUUUGCGAAAGGAAUUGAGACUAAAUGGUGUUAAAGUGUACUACUGGACUGAUAGCAAGGUUGUGAUAUGCUACCUGAAGAGUGAGACAAAGCGUUUUAAGAUUUAUGUUUCUAACAGAGUGCAGCUCAUAUGUGAUUUAACAAAGAUGGAUCAAUGGAAGUAUGUACGCUCAGAAGACAAUCCCAGUGACGAAGGAAAUAGAGGCAUGACAGCUGCCCAACUUGUCGCCAAUCCAAGGUGGUUGAACGGUCCAAAAUUUAUAUGGAACAAAAAAUUUGAACCAAGUAAGGUGGCGGAUGCCAACUAG